AUGCUGCACUUUUCAGACCACUGGAUUCUGCUGGAGGACAACAUUGGCACUUUUGUGAAGAACGAGCUGAAGAAGAUCCAGAAGGUUCUGAGUCCAGAUUACCCAGAAUGCUCAGAGAGUCAGAGGGAGGGUGAGGAUGAAGAGCAGAGGAGCAGCAGAGAGGCAUUUCUGAAGAUCACACUGCACUUCCUGAAGAGAAUGAAGCAGGACGAGCUGGCUGACCGUCUGCAGAGCACUUUUUUAUUAUGUAAUAUUUCAGGAAGUUCUGCUGGAGUUUGUAAACGUAAACUCAAGACUAACCUAAACAAGAAGUUCCAGUGUGUGUUUGAGGGGAUUGCUAAAGCAGGAAACCCAACCCUUCUGAAUCAGAUGUUCACAGAGAUCUACAUCAUGGAGGGAGGGACUGCAGAGGUCAAUGAUGAACAUGAGGUCAGGCAGAUUGAAAUAGCAUCCAGGAAACCAGACAGACCAGAAACAACAAUCAGAAGAGAAGACAUCUUUAAAGCUCCACCUGGAAGAGAUGAACCAAUCAGAACAGUGAUGACUAAGGGAGUGGCUGGCAUCGGGAAAACAGUCUUAACACAGAAGUUCACUCUGGACUGGGCUGAAGGCAAAGUUAACCAGGACAUCCAGUUCAUAUUUCCUUUCACUUUCAGAGAGCUGAACAUGGUGAAAGAGAAGAAGUACAGCUUGGUGGAACUUGUUGAUCACUUCUUCAGUGAAACCAAAGAAGCAGGAAUCUGCAGGUUUGAAGAGUUCCAGGUAGUGUUCAUCUUUGACGGUCUGGAUGAGUGUCGACUUCCUCUGGAUUUCCACAACACUGAGAUCCUGACUGAUGUUACAGAGUCCACCUCAGUGGGUGUGCUGCUGACAAACCUUAUCAGAGGGAAUCUGCUUCCCUCUGCUCGCCUCUGGAUAACCACAAGACCUGCAGCAGCCAAUCGGAUCCCUGCUGAGUGUUUUGACAUGGUGACAGAUGUCAGAGGGUUCACUGACCAACAGAAGGAGGAGUACUUCAGUAAGAGAUACAGAGACAAGAAGCAGUCAAGCACAAUCAUCUCCCACAUCAAGACAUCACGAAGCCUCCACAUCAUGUGUCACAUCCCAGUCUUCUGCUGGAUCACUGCUACGGUUCUGGAGGAUGUGUUGAAGACCAGAGAGGGAGGAGAGCUGCCCAAGACCCUGACUGAGAUGUACAUCCACUUCCUGGUGGUUCAGUCCAAACUGAAGAACAUAAAAUACGGUGGAGGAGCUGGGACCGAUUCAAACUGGAAUGAAGAGACAAAGAAGAUGAUCGAGUCUCUGGGAAAACUGGCUUUUGAGCAGCUGCAGAAAGGCAACCUGAUCUUCUAUGAAUCAGACCUGAUAGAGUGUGGCAUCAAUAUCAGAUCAGCCUCAGUGUACUCAGGAGUGUUCACACAGAUCUUUAAAGAAGAGAGAGGACUGUACCAGGACAAGGUGUACUGCUUCGUCCAUCUGAGUGUUCAGGAGUUUCUGGCUGCUCUUCAUGUCCAUCUGACAUUCAUCAACUCUGGAGUCAACCUGCUGUCAGAAGAACAAUCACCAUCAUGGUGGUCUGAAGUGUUCAGAGACAAAUCAACACGUUUCUACCAGAGUGCUGUGGACAAGGCCUUACAGAGUCCAAAUGGACACCUGGACUUGUUCCUUCGCUUCCUCCUGGGUCUUUCUCUGCAGACCAAUCAGAAUCUCCUACGAGACCUGAUGACACAGACAAGAAGUAGCUCAGAGACCAAUCAGAAAACAGUCAAGUACAUCAAGAAGAAGUUCAGUGAGGAUCUGUCUGCAGAGAGAAGCAUCAAUCUGUUCCACUGUCUGAAUGAACUGAAUGAUCAUUCUCUAGUGGAGGAGAUCCAACAGUACCUGAGAUCAGGAAGUCUCUCCAGAGAUAAACUGUCUCCUGCUCAGUGGUCAGCUCUGGUUUUCAUCUUACUGUCCUCAGAAAAAGAGCUGGACGUGUUUGACCUGAGGAAGUACUCCGCUUCAGAGAAGGCUCUUCUGAGGCUGAUGCCAGUGGUCAAAGCCUCCAACAAAGCUCUGUAA